AUGCAUAUGCAUAUCCGUAUAGAAGCUGGUGUUGCGCAGCGGACGGACUGGACGUGGGACUGGACGUGGGACUGGACGUGGGACUGGACGUGGGACUGGACGUGGAUGCGCCUGUCUGCUGACACCGUGACGCGUUGUGAUGGCACGUCGGCCUGCUGCGACGCGUCUGUCUGUGGGACGGCGGCGUCAAGGAUGAGCGUCGUCUCUUCACCGUACAUUGCACAAGGCAGGGCACCAUGUCUAUGCCUCCAGCGGCCGCGUGCUAACACGUUGCAACCUCCACCCGCUCUUGGGUCGAGCGGUCACCGCGCGCACCCAAGCUCGUCUUUCCAACGCCUGCCAACGCCCUUCUCUCUUCCGGACAUCUUCUCAGGGCCCGGCCUCGCCCCGCGAAAGCUGCACGCCCCGCCAGCCGCCUCCACCAUGAACGCCGCGGCGGACGGAGCCCCGCCAGCCCUCGCGAAUGGCGGCGGUGCUGCACCGCAGAGCAACGGCCACAGCUCCGACUUCUCGCAGGUGCUCGAGGCCAUACACGCCGUCUACGCGCCCUCGUCGAGCAACGACACCCGCCGCCAAGCGACCGAAUACCUCGAGCAAGCCAAGCGCGACCCAAACGCACCCUCGCAUGGCUACUCGCUGGCCGCCGACCGCUCGCUGCUGGCCCACGUCCGCUACUACGGCCUCGGCCUGCUCGAGUACUCGAUCAAGUACCACUGGGACGACUUCACCGCCGACCAGGCCGCCGUGCUGAAGGACUACGUGCUCGAGCUCGCGCGGACCGUCACGGAGACCGACCAGGUCUACUUCAGGAACAAGGUUGCCCAGCUAUGGACCGAGGUCGCAAAACGAAGCUGGGGCGCCGAGUGGCUGGACAUGGACGAGCUGCUGCUCUCGCUCUGGACGACCUCGCUGCACCACCAAGCCAUUGUGCUCUACGUGCUCGAAACCCUGUCCGAGGAAGUCUUCAACCGCGAAGAUGCCACCGCAGGCCUCCGCGGCAGCGACCUCGGUCGUGCCUGCGUUGACAUCUUCACGCCGCUGCACGUCCUGCAAGAACAGCUGCCUGCACGGGACAAGAGCGUAGACGUGCGCUGCGGCGACGAGGGCUGGCUGAAGAGGCUGUGCGACAACCUGACCUGGUGCUUGGGCCAAGACUGCCAGAGCCAGGAGCCAGUUCGUUCGUCCGGCGCAAAGACGAUGAACGCGCUGCGAGCCGCUAUGCCAUGGAUCAUCCCCAAGGCGAUAGCCGCUACCGCCGUCAUCGAGACGGUCUGCAAGGCGCUCUCGGUGCCGGUGGUAGAGCUGCAGUUGGCCGCCGUCGAAGUCCUGCAGUCCAUCUACAGCCGAAGCCAUCUUCACGACGACGACUUUCAAGAACUGGUGUGCCCCAUGUUCGCACCUGGCAGCGUCUCGCUGCUACGCGAGGUAUACAACUGGACCUUGUCAGACAUGGACAUCAACGAUCUGGACGACCAAAAGUAUACGCUGUGCAAGAAGCUGUCCGAGCUGGCUAACAGCCUUGGUCUUUUCAUUGAGCAAAAACCACAGAAUAUUCCCCAAGGAAGCGACCUUGCUGGCAUCUUUGCUUUUCUCUACGACAUUCUGCGAAACCCUAGCCUGGUUGUCUCCAUACCCGUGUUGCACUGUUGGACGAAGCUUCUACGAUCACGCGUCGUGCGCGACUCUGAAGUCGUGACAUCCAUGGUCGGCGGCCUCCUGGAGACGUGCUGUGCCCGCCUACUCCGCUACGAGUCUUUGCCCGAAGAUACAGAAGACGUUACCUUGCAGUUCCUCAACGAGGACAUUGAUACAGUGCCAGAGCGCCAUGCCUUUCUGGGCAACUAUCGCCGGUUCUGCGCUGAUGUCAUCGAGGUUCUUGUUCGAAGAACACCGGUCGAGGCUAUGCAACACAUCCUCAGCCAAGCUACCAACAUGCUAUCGAACAUCUACAGCGACAAACCUGCCUUCCAGCCCCAAACUUUCUCCAAGCACUCUGCUGCCGUCCUGCAAGUCGAUGCCCAAGUCACGGUCAUUGAUGCCGCAAUCAAGGGUUAUCUCAAAUGGCUCAAUACCCAAGGCGAAGACAUGCAAGAGGACGAGCGAAAGCGUGCGACUAUGGAGAACUCGUUCGAAGAAUGGGGGCGGCAAAUCCUGCAAGCGCGGUUCGAAGACCCUGAGAUUGCAAAGAAGGUCAUCUCACUCAUGUCUACCUUCUCUACCAAGGCAUUACCAGACCGCUCCGCAUUCGCACUGAGUUUCCUCGAGUACAUGCUCACCAUUCGACUUGCCGACAACCCCGAUUUCGCUCAGUACUCGGAUGCAGUCAAGGACCUUGAGCGUAUCUGCAGCCUGGAGAUGCAAAAGCUGGCGAUGAAGUUUGCCGACGACUUCAUGAACGUAUACGACCAACUAGAAAACAAGGUCAACGAGAUGAUCGCGGACCCCACUACCGACGAACGCCAGCGGAUGGCGUACUCUGCUUUUCUCUUCAUCAUCAUCCAUAGAUGCACGACACUAGACAAGGCCACACAGGAACAGCGCAUGAGACUGAUGCUGAACCAAGUCAAGGAUGCUUGGAGUAACGAUGGGUUCUCCAAGUCCAUCUCAGAGUUCCAGUCCUUCUGUGCUAUCCUCGGAAUGGGCCAACUACCCGAAUUUCUAUCCGCAAACAACUUCCGUGGCGUCCAGGACUGGUCGAACCAGCCGCUAGGAAGCGACGGCCAAGUCCUGCAAGCCGCGGUCCUUGAGCGGUCACAACAACUCCCUCUACGGCUGACCAAGACGCUCCUUGCGGCUUCCACUGAGAAGAUUAGGGAUGGCUCUCCGGCCUACGAGACGGCUGCUGCGCUGUGGGCGGAGGCGAUCCCGACGCUCCUCCCCAACCUCCUGCAGCUUGUCAGCCACGCACAAGCGUUCAACGACAUCGACAGCAACUGGUCAUACCUACCACCCGAGUUGCAGCAGGUCAUCCGCAGAGUGCUGACGGACCGCUUCUGGCAGGCUGGCAUCUCGACAGAGAGCAGAGACGACUUCUUUGCAAGAGUGAGCGGUUCCAAGUCGACCUACGAAGGCUUCGCAUCGACAAUCAGAGGCACUGUACGACAGAUCAGGGAGAGCUCAUACUACAUCCUUUACUCUCUCACAAAAUUCCGAGACCACUUCUACGGCAUACAGGAACUCCCUGGGCCGCUCAGCCAGGCGCUCUUUGGUCACGCUUACGCUUUAACAGCACACCAUCUGUCUGUCCUGCUCACCGUUUCAACACAUCUGAUUGAGGGCUGUCCAGCACAACUUCGAUCACACUUCCUGCCCCCCAUGGUACAAGGACUCUUCAGAGAGCUAGACAGGAAAAUCUCUUCAGAGUGGAAUGAGGUUGCUCGCCAGAUUGCGGAGUCGGGGGACAAUGACAACUUGACAGAUGAGAUGAAGACGGAGAGCAUUCUUCGACAGCUCACGUACUCUUCUGUUUCGCUUGUUGCUGUUCUCCUCGACUCACGACAAGAGUUCGGCCGCUCAGAAGACCAAGUCCAGCGCGACAACAGCGGGCCACCAAUGUGCGACUUCCUCCUCUCUACACCCGCGGUUCUUGAGCCCAUUCUUAUGUUCUGCAACUCCACGAUUCGCGUGCGUGACACACGAUCGGUCGUUACCAUCGUCCGCGUCCUCCGCACUCUCCUCGCACGCUUCAAAGAAAAGUCUCCCAUCCGCGACUACUUCUGCAACGACAUCCUCAAAUCCGCCAUCACAUCCCUGCACGAACCGUACUUUGUCGACUGCCAGAAGGAGCUCGCAUCCCUCAUUGCAGGCAUCAUCCAUCUGGACGAAGACACCCCACGGUCUAUCAUCCUCUCCUUGCCGGGAAUGGGCGACCAGUACCGCGUUGACCGUCGUCUUGCGAAACUGCGCGGAUCGAACAGGAGUGAUGAGCGUAUGCAGCGCUCCAUCGUUCUGGACUUGCUGAGCAGCAUAAAGGGCGUCAGCAUCCACGAGCAGGGCAAGAUCCAGCGCAGUCAACCGAAGAAGAGGAGCGCCGCCAUGGAACAGUACAUGGCCGUUGACCAGGCGCCGGCUAUUGUGCGCGGCACUAGCCCAGGUCUCGCAGGCGUGGCGGACAUGUUUGGAGAGUCGUAG